CCCGUAUGUUCUCCCGAGUGGUCCUCCAAUAUGGUCUCCUGUGGGUGCAGUACAGUAUCAUGCCUUGUUCACGCUUCAGCUUUGCUUGUCAGGGUCUUAGUGUACCUCUUCCCUCGCCUCGCGCUCGCUCCGCUGAUGGGCGCGACGUCCGCGUGCCACCUCUCUUCGGCUUCCCCUGCGCCCCGUAUCCAUGCUGGCUCAAGAAGCCACCUCGCUUCGGUUUCCACUCGCUUCCUGAUUCCGUACCCCCUCGGCUAUCCAGCCGCACCGUUUUCGUCGGGUCGCCCCCCCCCCCCCCGGGAACGCAAAGGAUGGUGGCGCUCGUGCGCCCGGGCCUCGUCUUCGGCCUCGCGCUCGUCGGCACCCCGGCCGUUGGCCUCGCCGCGAUGGUGCGCGACGUGGCUGACCUGUCGCCGUCGCGCGGCGGCUUCUCGCCCUCGCGCGACGCGUCGUCGGGAGGCGGGCGCCAGACGCCAGAGGAGCUGGGCUUCUCCUCCGACGAGGACGUCGACGCGGGGGGCUACGGCACUUCACAGUUCAGCGAGGAGUUUUGCUUAGACAUUGGCGCAAAGGGUUUCCCCAUCCCCACGCUCAACAUGCUCAAUGCGGCCAACUGGGACGUGCCAACGUAUUUCGCUCAGUUGCAGGGGGCAGGGUACGCCGAGGACGCCUUGCAGAUGACGGGCCCCGACUCAGCCAUCCUGAAGACCGAUUGCAUGAAGGAGCGCUUUCACGGGAAGGCGAAGCACAUCUUCGUGGGCGAUUCGCAGAUGAUGGCCCUCCGCAACGCGUUCCACCGCCUCAACAAGUGCCCUGAGAUCUGGUGGGCCAACCACUCCGAGAAGGACAUCGACGACAUGUUGGGCACGGUGCGGAGGAACGAGGCUUCCAAGACGCAGGUGAAGAGCAGGUCCCGCUUCCGCUCCCGAUCGGACCAGGCCCCCGACAAGCUGCCCCACGGCUGCACCGAGGAGGGCAUCGCGUCUUUCGUCAGUUGGGAUGCUUGGGCCAGCCAGAAGAUUCCCGUGAGGGAGAUCAAGAUGGAGAUGGACCUGGCCGGUGUGAGCCCUGCAGACGGAGAUCUCGUCGUCGUCUGGAUCGGCUCGAACUUUAUCCCCGCAGUGCACAGGAUGUCCACCCUGCUCCAGAGCAUCAACGAGCUCCACGAGCUGAAGGUCAAGAUGGUGUGGGACUCGCCGACCUUCCAGGACGAUGCCCUCAUGACCGCCACGACGACCUACGACCUUGGACGCGGCCAGCGCAACAGACAGCCCAUCGCCUACAGCUACAUCAAACAGCGGAAGCAGAGCGGUCAAAUCGGCUCGAAUGAGUUCCGUACGGAGCAGACGCUGUUUGACCAGGGCAUCGAGAUCCCCACCACGAAGCGGUGGCAGAUCUCCAACCGCUACCGCGGGCUCCAGUGCGACGGCAUUCACACCGACAUGCGCGCCAGGGACCCCCUUUUCUACGACCUGCCGUGCCCCAUGGGCCGGCAGAAGUACGGGAAGUCCAACUACUGCACCUGGGUGGAGCCGUUCCGGGCCGAGCUGCGUGCCUCCUGCCCAGAGGCCUCCGGGCUGGACGACCUGGUGCUCCAGAGCGGGCUCUACGCGAUGUGCGCUGCGCACGAGAAGCCGUUCUGCUACACCUACACCGAGCACAUCCGCUGAGGCGCAGCGCUCAAUCUGCGACAGGUGGUUUAUAAGCUCAUUUCCGUUUCCAGCUGUCCUCUCCUCUCGCGUCCUCGCCCUCCUCUCGGGCAUCCGUCGUGCUCUUCCACCAAUCUAGUCGCUUCUGGAGGACUUGCAUCUUACUUUGCAGUCUCUUUCAGCCGUUUGUGCUCUCGCUUCGUCGCGUGCGUCGCAGGGCGCGGUCUGGGCUCCUUUCAACCGAGCUUGGCCUGUCAAAUGCCGUAUUUCGCAACCAAGCCGACGCUUGGGGCACGCGAUUGACAUCUACUGCCGGCCCAGAGCAACGAGCAAAACGGAUCGAUCCGAUGUGUGCACGGCUCUGCUACUGUGGUCCCUGACUGCAGAAGCUGCGGGGCCCGACUUGGCAG